AUGCCCAUUGCAGAGCAUUUGGCAAUCCAGUUCGACAUGCAGCUGCUGUUGAAACUGAGUCUCUCUGUGGCUGCGGUGCUGCUGGUUUCAUGGGCCUACAGGUUCUACAGCUCCAGGGAUGCAAAGAAAAUUCAGCUGUCUGUCAAAAACAACAAAGAGCCAGAAAAUGCAGCCUGCCAAAACUGCAAGACGACACUACGUUGUCAGAGCUCACCAAAACAUGGCACCACUGAAGGGGGCAAGCGAUCCAGACCCCUGCACCGGGACUUAACCACUGAUGACCUGACAUCUGACAGCACCAAGGAGACACCGGUAGAAGCUCGUCCAUGCCAAGCUGAAAAGAGUGAGGAUGCAUUUGAUAUGUCAUAUAAUGUCAGCAUGAAAGGAGAGAUACUCCCUCAUCAGAAGCAGGCAGAGGUUGCUACCAGUAAUAUUUCAUUUGGAUCUGCUUUGAACCUUCCUCAUCCCACUGAGAGUGGGAUGGCCAGUGCAACGGGGCGCCGCUCCCCUUGCUUUUUGCAGAAGCUGGAGGGCAGUGUGGGUGUGGGCAGGGAGUUAAGGCAGGACUUGGAGCACCAGGGGUCCUACUCCAGCUUCCUCUCCAAGGCAAAGAUCAAAGUGGAGGAAGCUAACGUUGUGCUGGAGGAAACAGGAGACCAGAUUGUGCGUGGAAAGAUAUAUGAUUACUAUGUUGAAUCUUCUUCUCACUCUGUUACUGAUUUAAACACUGUGCUGGGUCAGUAUGAGAGGAACUCUGAGUCACAGCCAUCGGAGGUUGGAAGUCGUUGCAGCAGCCUCACAGAAUCUCCUUCCUCUCUGAGCCCCAUCAUCAUGCGUGAUCUGGUUUUACCACAAAGCACUGUUGAGGAUUCCUCGCUGGGGAGCCUCAAACUGAGGCACCCCGCAAGGCCUGUACUCCUACGCAAGGAGAGCUAUCUGUCUGCAGCAGAGCAGUCUGAGCUUUACAUCCCCUUUCUAAAUACAAGUGCCUCAACUCCAAUGACUCACUCUCUGGCCCCAACCAGCAAUGAUUCCAUCUCUGCUCACCCUAUUAUCCCUCACUGCACAGACAGCAAAGGCCUUAAUGUGAAGGAGUUGGCAGAUCUAGAGACUGUAGCUGCAUUUUUACACCUUCCAGCAAAAACUCUCGACGGCUCAGAUUUGGAAAGCUUGAAGAGUAAACUCGAUCUGGGUAACUGUUUGGAGACGCUGUGUCUGGCCAAGAAACAUGGCCAGACCUCUGUGCAGCAAGCAGCUCUGGGAGUCAUGUCAGACAACUACCUCCAGGUGAUCAGGGACCCCAACAUUUAUGGGCGGCUAAUGGCUGGUGAGCGGGAGCAAAUCCAGAAGCAGAGAAUGAGAGGGAGAAGGUUUGUCAUGGUGGCAGAUAUGGAUCCUCAAGACUGGGCGAGGAACACAGGAUGGCAGACAGCAGAGACAGAGCAAAGAAGGACGUCCAGUGCAGUGUACUAUUAUGAUCACUACAAAGACGCCUGGCAUACACUCUGCCUGAUCCCACAGGAGGUCAUCUCUAAAGCCUCUGCCAUGUGCACAAUGGAUAACUACUUAUUUGUGGCAGUGGGCUGCCAAUGCACAGACAGAGAAAUGACACCCUCAAAGCGAGUGUUUUGCUACAAUCCUUUGACAUUAAUUUGGAAGGAGAUCAGUCCUAUGAAUGAAGCCAGGCCCCGCUGCAAACUGGCAGCACUGGACGGCUACAUCUACGCUAUCGGAGGGGAGUGCCACUCCUCAGUGGAGCGCUACGACCCACGAUUGGACAGAUGGACAUUUGUGGCUCCACUGCCUAAUGAUACAUUUGCUGUGGCACACCACGUCACAGUGUGCAGUGGAGAGCUUUUUGUUUCUGGGGGAACUCUUAGAUAUAUACUACUGCGCUACAGCCCCAAAACCAACAUCUGGAGGCGAAGUCUGUUAAUAGGCAGCAAAGACAGAACCGCAGAUAUGGUCGCUGUGGGGAGAUUUUUGUAUCGGUUUGAUGUUAACCCACUGCUGGGUGUCAGUGUGUACCGCUACCAUACAGUGGCUCGACUGUGGUACGAGUGCAGCUCCAAAAGGCUUCAGCGCUGCCCUGCCUUCCAGUGUGUCACCAUGGAUGGCACAACCUAUUGUGUCAGCCGCCAGUUCACCAUGAGGUUCGACGCUGAUGAGAUCUCUCCAGGUUUCAAAGAUGAGAAUUUGAGUGUCCUCUCUGCAGCGAAGGGCAUGCUUUUCCCCUUUGUCCUUUCACUCCCUGAUAAGAAGCCUCGGCAGACCAGUGUGUAAGGAGGAUUCCGUUUUCCAUCAAUGAUAAGAUUAGGUGGUGAUGGAGUAUACCGACAGGAACAUGCUUUACAUCAACUUUCUUGUUGACUGAGUGGGUUUUGCUUCGCCCAAGUUUAAGCCACAAAUGUUCCUGCACAAUUGUAAUCACUGUAUUGUCAUUUAUUUGAGGUGUUGUUGAUACCACCUUUCUUAAACUAUUACACUACUUUAUUUUCUUGGAUCGGGUAUUGCAUAAAGAAAUAUGUGUAUCUAAUGUCUAGGUCCCUGGCAGCAGAUGUAAAAUAUUAGACUCCUAAUGGUAGUCAAACUACUGUUUGCUUAGAUUUACGCAGGAUGUGCUGCCAUGUAAAUUGUUUGCUUCUUUGAUUUGCCACUCCCUCUUGCCAUUAACUUAGUUUUAUAUCACUCCAGAUGCUUAACCUCUUUAGAUAGUGCAUAAAUAAGUCUCAGAGUAAUUGAGCUCAUUCAACUCUAACACAUUACGAAGAUUGGGCAAUAUAGUGAUAAUCGAUCACCCUCCUCCAUUGUGUAGGGCACACGUAUAACUAACACAGUGGAUACAAUGCAAUUAUGUACAGUUGCUCUUUAAAUAUGACAGGCUGUAAAUGGGUUUGUCAUACAAUAUAAAUAGGUGGGCUUCUAAAAGCAUUUGUAACUCUUCCGAUACUGCUGUUAUUUUUAUAAUUUUAUUUACAGUUCUUUGGUGGCCAGAAUGAAAUGUGUUUGUUUUAAUCUUGAUUGUGCAGAGUCUUUGUUCAUUGUAGCUAAAUCUCUUUGUUUUGUUAUCUAUUGUUUUAUAAACAUCAAAGACACAUAUGAAUGGAAUUCAUUGAAUAUUAUUCCACAAUUAAUGAAUUAAGCCAAAUGUCUUUUCCAGUACUUGUGUGACCUAUAACCAAUGAUAGAAUAACACGGGAACGAUCUAAACACUUGUAUUGUUGAGCAAUUACAUUAAGAAUGGAAAU